CAACGUUUCAGCUGUUCGCAGGGCUGAUAGUGCUGCAAAGCGGUGGAGAAGUGAGAGCUAUUCCGACGUCUUUUGUUUUUGUUGACUGGUUUUUCGCCAAGUUCAUAAGAUUGUCCUUCCAUGCCAAAUGGCCGCCUUCAUGGAGGAAGCGUUUAUAGAGGCGCGACGGGCACGUGACGCUGGCGAGGUGCCCGUGGGAUGUGUUUUCGUACUCGGGGACAAGGUCAUCGCACGUGGCGGAAACGAGGUGAACGUCCACCGGAAUGCUACUCGCCACGCCGAGUUCAUCUGCAUCGACGCCACUCUGGCCUACUGCCGGGAGAAGCGUCUACCGGCCCGUCAGAUGUUCAGCGAGAUCACAGUGGUGGUCACCGUGGAACCCUGCAUUAUGUGCUCUGCGGCCCUCCAUACCCUCGGCGUAAAGGAGAUCAUCUACGGCUGCGAAAACGACCGCUUCGGUGGCAAGACUGUGGUUGACGUUGCCGCUGUUGUGGGUCAACGCAUCGAUAUCACCGGUGGUGUACGAGCGGACGAGGCGAUGGCUCUACUCAAGGAGUUCUAUAAGGGCGACAAUCCGGCAGCACCCCCUCAAGCCAAAAAGAAGAAGUAAAUGGUCGUCCAAAAGCAACCACGAAUCAAAAAUAGGGAAGGAAAUGAAUGGGAACGCUUUACUUAAUAGUCCAGGCCAGGAAGGUGUGAAGUAUCAGCAGCAAGCUGGUGCUUUUUGUAUAUGUUUCUUUAUUAUAAACUUUAAGCGUAGUUUAAGGUAUAAUAUUAUAUAUGUAUAUGGCGUUCAGAACGUAUGUUUAAACUAUAAACAUAAAUACAAUUACUGCAUGAAAGCUA